AUGACCAAAGCGACUCUCACCCUCCCCGAGCCCUUCGCCUCCAUCGCACGGACUCCCCUUCUGCUCGGCCCCUCGCCAAUCCAUCCUCUUCCCCGCAUCAGCGCCGAUCUCGCCCGUACUAGCACCUACCCUCCAGUGGCCAUCUAUGCCAAGCGGGAUGACCUAAAUUCCGCUUACGCAUACGGAGGCAAUAAGACCCGCAAGUUGGAGUACCUCUUGGCGGACGCGCAGGCUCAGGGAUGCGACACUCUUGUCUCCAUCGGAGGUGUCCAGAGCAACCAUACCCGCCAGGUCGCGGCCGUCGCUGCGCGGACGGGUAUGAAGGCUCGUCUGGUUCAGGAGCACUGGGUCGACUGGACGGACAAGGGGUACGAUUCUGUAGGCAAUAUUCAAUUGUCCCGUCUGAUGGGCGCAGAUGUACGAUUGGAUCCCUCUGGAUUCGGCAUUGAGCACAAGAAUACUGCGCAGGCGGUUGUCGAGGAGUCUAAGGCCAAAGGCGAGAAGCCUUAUUAUAUCCCGGCUGGAGCGUCGGAUCACCCGCUCGGUGGAUUGGGUUUCGCACGGUGGGCAUUUGAGGUUCGGGAACAGGAGCAGGAGCAGGGUGUUUUCUUUGAUACUGUUCUUGUCUGCGCUGUGACGGGUUCUACCUUUGCGGGUAUGAUUGCGGGCUUCAAGCUUCUGGAGCGUUUGCACCCGACAGACCCCAAGCGGAAGAUCAUUGGUAUCGAUGCCUCUGCAACUGUCGAUGCUACGCGCGAACAGGUUCUUCGCAUUGCUCGUAACACCGCUAGCAAGAUUGGUCUAACUGCGGAUGAUAUUACGGACGCAGACGUUAUUCUGGAUGACCGAUAUCAUGCUGGGAUCUAUGGCAUCCCCGAUCGUCAGACAUGGGAUGCGAUCGAGUAUGCCGCUCGAAUGGAGGCUUUCAUCACUGAUCCAGUUUACGAAGGCAAGAGUUUUGCGGGUAUGGUGGAUAUGAUAAAGCGUGGAGAAAUCCAGGGCAGCAAUGUGCUGUAUGCACACUUAGGUGGCCAGCUGGCCUUGAACGCGUACUCUGAACUUGGUGCGACUAAGGAAUAG